UCUCUCUCUCUCUCCCCUCCCUCCCCUGCCUGCUAAUUUUUUAUGCAUUUUUCUAAACUGUCAUGGCGAUUUUGUGUCCUUGGAAAUAAAAAGCGCCAGUGUAUUUUUCGGGCUAACAGGGGUGAUGUCUCGCCGGUGAGAGCGUCUGUCCGGUGUCCGGUGCAGAUGCAGUGAAGGGAUAGAAGAUGAAAAUACACAAGAAGGACAAGCAGCAGAUGUUAACUGGUGUCCUGAAGCACACUCCACCUCCGGUCUCCGCUGCAGCCUGCUCCUCCGUCUCGGACCAAAAGAAUAACGCACAAAACACAGUUCCCACAAUCCCACGGGGUCACCUGGUUGUGGGCCCCAAAGACCAGCUCCGCCUCCUCACCCCCGUGGGCAGCACGGCGACGUCCAAUCACUGCGCGGUGGCCGGGGCCCAUGCCGCCAAACACUCGGGAGGGGCCCCGCGACCCCCUUCAUCCCUGAGCGAGGAGGACGAUGGAGGGGGAGGAGGCAGGGUGAAGAAGAAGCGAAAGAAAAAGGACAAGAGAGAACGGGAGAAAGAAAGAGGGGAGGCGGAGGAAAGGGAAAGCACCAAACCAAAGAAACGGAGGGAGGAGAGGUUGACCACGGUGGUCACUCUGAGGAAGAGCAAGGAGCCCAAGGAAGAAAGGAGAGAAAGGAGCGAAGGACAAGGGGAAGGAGGGGAGGACGGAGCUGAAGGCUUGUGGCGGGGGGGAGCCACGGUGGUCCCAGUGCCUGUACCUGUUAAGGUGCCCGGCAAGAGAGGGAGGAAACCCAAGGUCAAAAUCAUACCUCCUGUACCACCAAGUCAAGCACCUCCUCCUACACCAGCUGUCCACAUCAAGGGGCAGGUCCACCAUGACAAGAACCACAGACAGGCCAACAGCAAGACCCCCGUCCCCUCAGCGCCAAAACAGAGGGGCCGCAAACCCAGAGAUCCAGGCACAGCGCCGGUGGAGAAGAAGAAGAAGGGCAAGAGGAGAAACCAGGAGCAGGCUGCCAGGGAGGGGGCGGAGAGUGACGACACUACCUCAACGCCAGCCCCCAACCUGGGUGGAGAGGAGAGCCAAGACCCCCUGGAUCACACGAAGCGGCGUUCUGGACGUCAGGUGAAGAGGAGGAAGUAUAACGAAGAUCUGGACUUCAAGGUGGUGGACGAUGAUGGAGAGACUAUCGCAGUUCUUGGAGCCGGUCGCAUCUCAGCGCUCAACGCCACGGCGCUGGCAUGGCAGGCGGAGGAACCACCUGAGGACGAAGCCAACAUCAUUGAGAAAAUUCUGUCCGUCAAAUCAGUGAAGAAAGAGACUUCAUCAGAGGAGGACCAAGCGGAGGAGACAGAGGAGUUUUAUGUCAAGUACAGAAAUUUUUCUUAUAUGCACUGCAAGUGGGCCACUCUGGAGGAGCUGGAGAAAGAUCCCAGAAUCCACCAGAAGAUUAAACGCUUCAGGACCAAACAGGCUCUGACCAAACAUCUGUUCACAGAGUCCGAUGAGGACUUAUUUAACCCGGACUACGUGGAGGUGGACAGAGUGCUGGAGGUGGCUGUUACUACAGACACUGAGACUGGAGAGGAGGUGACCCACUACCUGGUGAAGUGGUGCGGCCUCUCGUACGAGGAGGCCACCUGGGAGCUGCAGGAGGACCUGGACCCUGAGAAGAUCAAGGAGUUCGAGAGGAUCCAGAAACUACCGCCUGACCUCAGACACAUGGAGCGUCCUCUUCCAGAGAAGUGGCAGAAGUUGGAUAACUCCAGAGCUUACAGGAAUAUAAACCAGCUCCGAGAAUACCAGUUAGAGGGAAUGAACUGGUUACUGUUCAACUGGUACAACAGGAAAAACUGCAUCCUGGCAGAUGAGAUGGGUUUGGGAAAGACCAUCCAGUCCAUCACCUUCCUGUUCGAGAUCUUCAGCAUGGGGAUCCGCGGCCCCUUCCUCAUCAUCGCCCCCCUGUCCACCAUCACCAACUGGGAGCGGGAGUUCCGUCAGUGGACCAACAUGAACGUCAUCGUGUACCACGGAUCUCAGAUCAGCCGGCAGAUGAUCCAUCAGUACGAGAUGUUCUACAGAGACACACAGGGUAACACCAUCCCAGGCAUCCUGAAGUUCCACGGCGUGAUCACCACCUUCGAGAUGAUCAUGGCCGACUGUCCGGACCUGAAGAAGCUGCACUGGCGCUGCGUGGUGAUCGACGAGGCCCACCGGCUGAAGAACAGGAACUGCAAGCUGCUGGAGGGACUCAAGCUCAUGAACCUGGAACAAAAGGUUCUGCUGACAGGAACCCCUCUGCAGAACUCGGUGGAGGAGCUGUUCAGUUUGUUGAAUUUCCUGGAGCCACUGCAGUUUCCCUCAGAAAGCACCUUCAUGGAAGAGUUCGGAAACCUCAAAACAGACGAGCAGGUGAAAAAGCUGCAGGCCAUUUUGAAGCCCAUGAUGUUGAGGAGACUGAAGGACGACGUGGAGAAGAACCUGGCGCCUAAAGAAGAGACCAUCAUAGAGGUGGAGCUGACCAACAUUCAGAAGAAAUAUUACCGCGCCAUCUUGGAGAAAAACUUCUCCUUCCUGUCCAAAGGAGCAAACCAGCACAACAUGCCCAACCUCAUUAACACCAUGAUGGAGCUCCGCAAGUGCUGCAACCACCCCUACCUUAUCACAGGAGCGGAGGAGAAGAUUCUGGAUGGCUUCAGGAGGUACCACAGCCCUGACGCGCUGGACUUCCAGCUGCAGGCCAUGAUCCAGGCAGCCGGGAAGCUGGUGCUGAUCGACAAGCUGCUGCCCAAACUGCUGGCCGGGGGACACAAGGUGCUCGUCUUCUCCCAGAUGGUGCGCUGCCUGGACAUCAUGGAGGACUACCUCAUACAGAGACGCUACACGUACGAGCGCAUCGACGGGCGCGUGCGAGGGAACCUUCGGCAGGCGGCCAUCGACAGGUUCUGCAAGCCGGACUCGGACCGCUUCGUGUUCCUACUGUGCACCAGGGCGGGGGGGCUGGGGAUCAACCUCACCGCUGCUGACACCUGCAUCAUCUUCGACUCUGACUGGAACCCCCAGAACGACCUGCAGGCCCAGGCACGCUGCCACCGGAUUGGCCAGAGCAAAGCGGUGAAAGUUUACCGACUGAUCACCAGGAACUCGUACGAGAGGGAGAUGUUCGACAAGGCCAGUCUGAAGCUGGGCCUGGACAAAGCCGUGCUGCAGGACAUCAACCGCAAGGGCAGCGUCAACGGGGUGCAGCAGCUUUCAAAGCUGGAAGUUGAAGAUUUGUUAAAAAAAGGAGCAUACGGAGCGCUGAUGGACGACGAAGACGAGGGCUCCAAGUUCUGCGAGGAAGACAUCGAUCAGAUUCUUCAGAGGCGAACUCAGACCAUCACCAUCGAGACUGAAGGGAAAGGGUCCACCUUCGCUAAGGCCAGCUUUGUCUCCUCUGGUAACAGAACGGACAUCUCUCUGGACGACCCCAACUUCUGGCAGAAAUGGGCCAAGAUCGCUGAGGUGGAGAUGGACUCCAAAUCAGAGAAGGAGUCCUUGGUGAUCGACACCCCCCGGGUGAGGAAGCAGACCCGUCACUACAACUCCUUCGAGGAUGACGAGCUGAUGGAGUUCUCGGAGCUGGACAGCGACUCGGAGGAGCGUCCGUGUCGGACUCGUCGUCUUGGAGAGCGCGCCCGCCGCUACCUCCGGGCGGAGUGCUUCAGGGUGGAGAAGAACCUGCUGAUCUUCGGAUGGGGACGAUGGAAGGACAUUCUUAACCACGGUCGCUUUAAAUGGCAUCUGGCAGAGGGAGACAUGGAGGUGAUCUGCAGGGCUCUGCUGGUGUACUGCCUGAGACACUACAAAGGUGAUGACAAGAUCAAGAGCUUCAUCUGGGACCUGAUCACCCCCACCAAGGAGGGCCAGGACGAGGCGCUGCUCAAUCACUCCGGUUUAUCGGCUCCAGUUCCUCGGGGGCGGAAGGGGAAGAAGCUGAAGAUCCCGCUGAGCGUCCCUGAGCUGAAGAACGCUGACUGGCUGGUGCACUGCAACCCUGAGGUGGUGCUGCAGGACGAGAGCUACAAGAAGCACCUGAAACAGCACUGCAACAAGGUGCUACUGAGGGUGCGGAUGUUGUACUACCUGAAGGUGGAGGUGUUGGGUGAAGCUGCCAAUCAAGCACUAGAGGGGAUACCUGCCAGUAAACUGGAGGUGUCACUCCCUGACAUCGACUACAUAGAGAUUCCAGCCUCGUGGUGGGAUACAGACGCCGACAAGUCUCUGCUCAUUGGAGUCCACAAACACGGCUACGAGCGGUACAAUGCCAUGCGUGCUGACCCUGACCUGUGUUUCCUGGAGAGGGUGGGGAUGCCCGACGUCACGGCACUGUCUGCUGAACAGGGAGGGGGGGAGGGGCCCGCCGACAUGGCUGACAGCGUGUGCAAAGCAGAGGAGGUGAAAGACGAGGCGGAGAGCAAAGCUGAUGGAGAGGACAGAGACGAGAGCAGCAAGGGAGAGGAGACGUGCUCCAGCACCGACACCUCAGACAAGCCUGACAGCACCGGGCCAGACUCCCACAUGUCUGGUGACUUAUGCGCCCACGAUGCUACACUGGUUACCACGACGACGACAGCCGGGACAGGGACGGGGGUGGCGUCCCUCCACGUGGUCCAGGCGCGGCCCCUGUGGCCCCCCGGCCCCUCGCUGACGGCCCGCCUGCGCCGCCUCAUCACGGCCUUCCAGCGCUUCACGCUGCGCCGCGAGCCAAUGCUCCGGCACGAGUUCAUGCUGCACGACGGCCUCGUUGGCAUGGCGAUGGGAGCCGGCGCCGCUCACGGUCACCACGCCGGGGGCCCGCUGGCGUGGCAGCUGGGGGAGGAGCUGAGGCGCUGCUCCGUGGUCGCCACGGAACCGGACCCCCUGUUCCUGGAGUGGCAGAGAAGGUGGACUCGUCGGGAACAGGCAGAUUUUUACCGCACGGUGUCCUCCUUCGGGGUGGUGUACGACCCGGAGAGGAAGGCCUUUGACUGGUCCCAGUUCAGAGCGCUGGCCCGGCUGGAGAGGAAGACGGACGAGAGUCUGGAGAGAUACUUCAACUCCUUCGUCAACAUGUGCAGGGCGGCCUGCAAGCUGCCUGCCAGGAAGGAAGAAGGUCUGGUGGACCCGGCGGUGCUGGUGGAACCUCUGACGGAGGAGCGAGCGGCACGGACCCUGUACCGCAUCGAACUGCUGCGCAAGAUCAGAGAGCAGGUUCUCCGUCACCCGCUGCUCUCCGCCCGCCUCCAGCUGUGCCGCCCCUCCCUCUACCUCCCAGUGUGGUGGGAGUCGGGCAAACAUGACCGCGACCUCCUGAUCGGGGCGGCGCGCCACGGCCUGAGCCGCACCGACUUCUACAUCCUGAACGACCCCCAGCUGAGCUUCCUGGAGGCCCACAGGAACUACGUCAGGGGCCACCCCUCCCACCUCCACCCUCAGAGCCACCACUACCCUCACCAUCCCGGCAUGGUGACACACCCGGGCAUCUCCUCUUCCUCCACCUCGUCUCACCCGCAGCUGCCUCAUCCUCACUGCUGUCUGUAUGACUCCCCUCAGCCCCCCGAGUACCCCCACCAGUCCUCUCACCACCACCACCAUCAUCACCACCACCAUCACCCUGUGCCUCCUUCGUCUUCCUCUCACCUCCACCCUCUACCGUUGGACGCCCACAACUCCUCCUCACCUAGUCUGGGAAUAGUUCCUGGAUCGCGGGGGGACUUCCUGGACUGUCCUCCCCUGGAUGAGACUCUGGAGCUGGGCUCUCUGCAGCAUGAGGCCGACGCUCUGCACGGAGGGAAGGCCUCCAAAGACGCCCUCAACGGAUUCCCAUUCAACUCCGCAGCUGGAGGGCAGAGCAUGCUCAACUCGUACGGGGUCGGGGGGGCAGACCUGGACUCCAAACUGAGGAGCGACGUGCUCGUGGGGGAGCAGGGGUCCUCGGAGGAGACGGGGCUGAUGGCUCCAUCCGUGGAGCUCGAUCAGUUACAGGCUCCCUGGGAUGGUACAGACCACUCCAGUCCUGCUCACCACAUGUUCAACGAGUCCGAUCCCAUCCUGGGUCCCUCCACUCUGGAGCCUGGCUUCCUGGAGGAGGACGACGAGGAGGCUCAGGGGGGAGACAGAGGAGGGGAGGAAGGGGGGACUCUGGAGGAAUGUCUGGGCCUCCCACCCUCAUCCUCUCCCUCCCACCCCUCUGCAGGAGACUCUGUGGAGCCGCUGUCCUCCAGUUACAUGCUCUUCAAGGACAUUGGUGUGAGCGAGGAACCCAGCGCAGAUCAGACCGAUCUGUCAGCGAGUCCCCCCCCUCCCUACGUCCCGCCUCCUCCCCUCUCUCUGUCUGACAUCACUGCUCCUCAUGAUAGGCUGGGACACUCUGAUGUCACUGCUAGCCUGACCAAUCCUGUGGAUGAGGAGGCAGGAGGGCAGGAAGCGGGAGCCGGGUUCGAGUUUGAGGACAAGGAAGAAGAAGAAGAAGAAGUGGAAGACUUGUCGGGGGUGCAGAACUUGGGGAAGCAAGGAGAUCAGAGCCUGGGAAGAGAAGAGUGUGAUCCAGAGCAAGAUGCAGACCAAAGUUUGGGAGGCUCGAAUUCGCCCAUGGAUGUAGCACAAAUGGACGGAAUAGGGCCGGACCCUAGCCUUGGGGAACAAGAUGAACAAAACCCUCAUGAGAAUCAUAAAGAGGGGUUACCACAUUAUCUGGGGAAGCUGGAAGAGCAGGGUAGCCUGGCGUGUCCCGAGUCGAUUGAAGAGCCCGGAGAGGAAGUGGACGGGUUCAUUUUGUACCAGGCGGUGGAGGAAGAGACCAUGGAGAACUCUCUGGACACUGACACCUUGAUGGGGAGCGCUACUGGACAGGAGGAGGGUCCGGUGGAGUGCACCAACCUGGCGGAUCAGGUGGAUGAGAUCUCUGAAGGGCAUCACAUUUCUCUUAUGGACGAAACACCAAUGAAAGACGUCAAACCCAACAAGAUGGUGCUGCAGAGCAUUUACUCUGAAUACGCACCACCUUCCUGCCCUGAUGCUUCUGUCUCGACUCCUAAUGGAACAUUAAAGCCCAAUGACACCAGUACAAAAAGUUCUGGAGUAAAAACUGAUCAGGAAGACUACAGAGUUGAACAUCUGAACUUGCCAGAUGGCGGCAGAAAUCAGGACAGCAAAGUCAAUCUCCUGGAGCAGAAUGAAAUGGCUCUACCUUCAAACAGUAUUGAAACAAAGCCAUCUGAUCUGAAGUUCUACAGAGGUGCUGAGAAGAAACCACAGCCACAAGAGCUGCCGGUUAAGUUAGAGGAAACAAAGACAGAAGCUUUGGACGUUUACCCCGACAGCUCUGAGCUCAAACACGGAAGAUUCCUUCCCUACCGUGUAAAGUCAGAGAACUCGGUGACCAAAGCCGAGCAGUUAGACUAUCCGGUCAAACCAGAAACUCCGGAGACCAAACCUGAAGAUCUCAGCCUGUCAAUGAAGACCGUAGACCGGAAACCAGAAGUUCUCCAGUUUGCAGCGUACUCUGAAAUUAAACCUGAAGCCAAACCAAUGGCUUAUUGUUUUGCCACUUAUCUAGAUGGAGUUAAGACUGAGACGGAGCCGGAGGACUUGAGUAUGACAGCCUUUGUGGACAGGUCUGCCAUCAAGCCUGAAGCCAAGUCAGAAGGUCUGGAGUUCACUAACUACCCAGACAGCUCGGAGAUUAAACCAGAGGCGAAGCCGGAGGACCUGGCCUUCUCAUCUUUACCAGAGAUUAAAGCUGAGACCAAGCAGGAGCUGCUGGAGGCCGACAGCACCGUCCUCACCCCCAAGCUGGAGCAGGGGGAAGGGCUGGGGGACGCCCCGGAGAGUCUGGGGGGCAGAGGCCCAGUGAAGGAGGAGAGGCCGAGUACACCAGUGCCCCUGGUGGAGUGCUAUGGAGGCAGCCCCAGGUUUGCGGCUCCUAUUUCUGUGUGUGAGAUUCCCGACAGCCUCCACGACAGCCGGGAGCCGACCAUCGCUCAGCUGCUGCAGGAGAAAGCUCUCUACUCGUUCUCUGAGUGGCCCAAGGACCGGGUGAUCAUCAACCGCCUGGACAGCAUCUGCCAUGCCAUCCUGAAGGGGAAGUGGCCUUCGUCCAUUGAGCAGUACGACUCCCCUGGCUCCAUGGUGGCCAACUCCUGCCUGGCCACCAGCAUCGCCCAGCACCACCAGCGAGCCAGCUUCCUCACCACCACCACCGCCUCCAGCUCCGUCCCCAGCCAGGCCAGGGGUCAGCAGACCAGCGCCGGGCUGGGCUUCUCCCUCCCUCCCCCCCUCACAAGGCUGCCUAAGUACAUGUCGCGGGGCGGCGCAUGCGGGCGCGGAGCUUGGCGCCUCACCUCCUUGCCUCUCUUACAGGAGAGGCUGGUGGCUCCUCCCUACCUCCCCGAGCUCAAACGAGCGGGGGGGCGGAGGUCCUUCGACUAUGAAGCCGCUGCUGCUGCAGCCAAGGUAUUAGGCGGGAAAUCGGCACCGUCAUGCCACACUGCCACCACCACGAGUUCCAGUGGUGCCUCUGCGGUGGUGGCUCCGCCCUCUCAUCGCACGGGGGCCAUGUUGAUUAACGGCUGGCAGGAAACAGCCAUAGAUCUCACCAAGUCCUCCGGAGAAAUAAGCACCACCAGUGGCAUGGGGUCAGGAGGAGCUGUGGGACUCAGCGGUCACAAGCUGCCCCCUCCACCCCCCAUCACAGCGCCGCUCUCGGGCCCCGUAGGGAUCGACAUGGCCGGGAUCCUGCAGGCGGGGCUCAUCCACCCUGUUACGGGGCAGAUAGUUAACGGGAGCCUGAGGGGAGAUGACUCCCUGAGGAGGAGGAGAGGCAGGAGGAGAAACGUUGAAGCUCUGUACUCUGAGUUCACCAAGAGCAGAGGACUGCACCUCGCCGACACUCAGCUGCAGGGCCGGUUGGAUGUGAUCAGCCACUCCUCCGUCUCCUCCUCCACCUCCUCGCCGUCCCCUUCUCCUUCUGACCGACCCGCCGGCCCUCCAACACCGUCCUCCUCUUCUACGCCCACCCCCACGCAGACCCCCCCUCAGCCGGAGAUAGUGGCCAUCGACAGAGAGGCGGCCAGCAAAGGUCUGAUGGAGUGGCUGAGGCAGAACCCGGGCUACAGCAUGGACCUGCCCGCCUUCUCUCACUCUGGAGCAGGGCUGUUACACAGCUUUGUGGAGCGUCCCAAGCAGAGGAGGCAUCGCUGUAAAGACCCCACCAAGCUGGACAUCAACUCUCUGACGGGGGAGGAGAGGGUCCCUGUGGUGCACCGAGGCACCGGACGCAGGCUGGGUGGUGCUAUGGCUCCGGCCAUAAAGGAGCUGUCCAGGUGGCUGGAUGCCAACUCAGAGUACUAUGUAGCUCCAGACUGGGCUGACGUGGUCAAACACUCUGGUUUCCUCCCUGAGGGUCAGUUCUCUCGGAUCCUGACAGAGCCAGUCAACAGAGACUUGGGCUCUCGGCGCCGAGGGCGACGGCCUCGCAGCGAGAUGCCCAAACCCCUCCUCUCCGUCUCUGACUCCGCCUCCUCUGCUCUCGGCCCCCCUCUCUAUAUGAACGGAGGGUUGAUUGGCAGCAUGGACUCCAUGGUGACCAUGCAGAACCUCCGGGGGGGGAUCUCAGGGAUCCCCAUCUCGGGCAUCAUGGCGGCUGGAUUCCCUCACGGCUUCUCUGCAGCGGUGCAGGCUGGGGGGGCCGGGGGGUCGGCAGAAGACGCCAAGAAUGGGUUGAGUAUGUUACCCAUGAUGCUCCACGGAAUGCCGCACCCCCAUGGGACUGGGAUCCCUCAACACGCCUUGUUCAGUGUCGGCGCGAUGAUGGCGCACACCCCUCACCCCAGCUCCUCCUCUUCCUCCUCGCUGUCCGCCGCAAAGGUCACCACGACAACCGCACCGUCUACAUCGGAGGCGACCAGCCCCUCAUCGACCACGCCUGCCGACAGAGAGAGCAGCGGCCCCCCCGGCUCAGGGGGAGAGAAGGAGAGGAGCCAGGAGGAGAGAGAAGCAGCCAACAAGAGAGCAGGGCUGGGGGAGACGGCGGCCAUCAUCACUUCCACCAGCAGGGCGCACAUCGGAGCUGCCCACCUGGGGGGGGGCAGCCAUCUCACCUUCAACCCCUUCCUGAUCCCCGGCAUGUCCCACGGCCUGCUGUACCCGCACAUGUUCCUCCCCCAUGGGGGCAUCAUGGCGCUGCCCGCCAUGCCCCCCGGUGCGGGGGACGGCUCCCCCGGCAGCCCCAGGAGGAGGAGGAAGAGGGGGAGGGAGGAGGGGGAGAGGGAGGAGGAGAGGGAGAAGGCAGCGAAGGUAGAGGAGACAGAAAGUACAGUUAAGGCUAACGUCUCCUCCCCCCCAGCCUCCUCCUCUUCUCCAUCCGUCCCCUCUACCUCGGAUCCAGACCCCACUGAACAGCCCCAGGAACCGGACUCCCAUAACCCCUCCGAGGGAGCAGCAGCAGAGGGGAAGGAGGAGAGAUCGGAGGACACAGCAGGAGAGGCGGCGGAGGAGGAGGAGCAGCGGGACCCUGAGGAGCAGAGACAGGGGGAGGAGGCGUAGAGGGGGAGAAACUGUCUCCUCCAUGCCCAGCGAGUCAGCGACUGAGCAACAGUGUAAAGUUUGUGCCGUGUCUGUCAGUCCAUGUCCAUGUAAAGACUUUUAUUAUGAUGAUGACUAAUGAUGAUGAUUAUAUCCAACUUGGUUAUGUUUAUAUACCAAGACCCCACCCACCCUCUCCACUCCCUCCUUGUAUACAAAAAAGAACUGUGUAAGAAACCUCUGUGUAUUCUUCCCCUUCAUUCUGCAUCGAGACUCGUCAGGACAUUUCUCAACACACACCCACACACACACUGCAGGCAAGAUGUGGUAACCAAGGAGCAGCUUUGGCAGUAAUGAUCCGGUUAUAAGCAGAAGGUGGUGUGACGCAGAGUUUAGUUUGGUGUGUUUGCGCGGAGGUGGCUCUGUAAAGUGUAAGAAUCUCUCACCACCGUUUGGGAAUUCAGAGAAGCACUUGUGUAUCUUUUUGUUUAUGGUCCAAACCUGAGCCUGUCUUGUUAUUUUCACUUCUGCCACAGUCCACUAAAUACAUUUUGGGGGAUUAUAUCUGUGCAAUGUUCAAAGACUAGAUGAACCUGGAAGUGUGUCUUUGUGACACUGAAGAGUCUCAACCAGCAUUCCCAGACACAUGUGACACUAAAACACCUUUUCUUUUCAAUACUAAAGGAAAACUCUGAUAAACCUUUUUAUGCAAGAAUUAAUCUACCUAAAAAGAAAGAAACAAAGUGUGGCCCAAAACCUUUUCAGAGUGUAGCCCUUUUGAAUAUUUUUCAAUUAUCGCAAUGUGACCCAAAGAACAAAAUAACAUUUGGGAAAGCUACCUAAUUAUAAAAAAACCAUUUGUUUCUGUUACGUUUAACUCAAAUUUAGCUAAUUGUGACUGUAAUAUUGUCAAAAAGGUCACAGAACAAGUGAGUUUAAUAUUACCCAGACAUGGAUGUUGUAUCUUUGUGUAAGAUAGCAUUAUCAGCCAACCCCCCCUUCCCAUUUUAAAUACUGUCAGUCAUAUUUCUUUUUUGCUAUUAUCAAUGCUAUGGCGUUGCUGCUACAACUUCUUUUGAAAAAGGAGUUCAGAGAGAGUUCAAUGUUCUUCACUCUUCCCACUAAUGUAAUAAUCCAGAUUCCUAGAAGUGCAACAGAUAUUCAUAACAAGAACUCCAACUUCUGCUUUUACUGAUAAAAGCAGAGAACAAUCAUGAGAUUAUUCCUUUUUUUAUUUCUUUUUAGAUAAUUUUAUUAUCUUAAUUCUCAGACACAAGGUCACUUUGUGAGAACUGCCCUUCAAGUGUGCAGGAACAUGAAAGAAAUGUCAAAGUGAAGAGCGCAGUCUGGCCACUAGGGGGCGGUAGGAGGUAGAUUUUAUUCUAAACUGCAAAUGAUUGAGAAAUGAAGACAUUUCUUGUUUGAAGCCCUGAGGCUGCUAACAGUAUAUCUAGUCACAAAUGGAGUGAAUCCAAAUCACCAGGAAUAGUGUAAAAAGGACCUGUAGCAACUCAACUCUGUUUACUUCUUAAUUCUGUGAUCAGAAACAUCUGUCGACCAUCUGAGCAUCGAAAGGGAAUAUCCAGUUUUACUGAUCAAACAGGAAGAAGAAGGAAUCGCCCUGGUUGAGUGCCUCUUCGUCUCGUUUCUUUUCCUCGGAUUAGUUUUAAUAGCAGUUCAUCGUAAGAGUUUCUGAAUAUGUAAAUCUCUCGCUGUAUAUUGCAGGGUUUUCUUUUCUUUCUUUAAGUGCACCAUUUAUUUUCUCACCUUUGUUUUUGUUCCUCCAUUGGGAAAAAGAAUACUUGACAGAUGCAAGUGGGAGUUUUGCAUUGAGGUUAGUCCUAGUGUUUUUGGUAUCAAACAGACUGUACAUUACACAGAUGCAAGUCACUUGUUUUAUUCUGUCUUUUCAGAACAGGGUCUGCAUUUUGGGGGUUAUUUGUCAAAUAUUUCCGUUUUAUGAUGUUGGACUUCACUUUGUUUUGUUUUCAUACAUGAAAACAUUAUUUUUGCACAAUGUCUUUACGUGAAUGUUAACCUGUACUGUCUUGUAUUUCUUUUACGUGUGUGAGAGUGUGUGUGAGAGAGUGUGAGUCUGUGUGCAUGCAUGCGCACACCUGUCGUCGUGUUUCUACUUACAGGUCACAUUUGUUGUCGAAAAAAAAAACAUAGUUGUUGCCUUGUCACAUGUUUGUGGCUACAUAUAAUUUAUUAUAUUUUUCUUUUUGCUUCGCCAAACUUUCACCAAAUAUGACAUUCUUUUUUCUCUUAGUUUCAUUAUGUAUUAUUCAAAGUAAAAUGCCUUAUUUAGCUAGUAUUUUUUGUAUUGAUGUUCCGUUACAUCUCCAUAUAGGGACAUGUUAUUGUGUUGUCUUCAGUUUGUCCUUCGCUUGUAUGCGUACACGGCCUUUGGUGUUGUGCAUUAUCUUCAAAAUCCAACAGUAAUGCAAUGCUACCACUGUCCAAAUCACUACGUUAAUUCCCAAAAAUCAAUCAGUCCUCCCUCAAAGCACAAAUGGAGAGUUAACUAAAUGUGUUUUCUUAGCAGUGCCUCUAAAAUUACUCUAAAUAGUUUCUCUUUUGUGGUCUACACUUCAUCAUCCUCGGGAAAAUGAGAACUCUUUCUUGGAUUUCAUUUGCUGAUGAUACCAUGCUGUUCGUUAAAGGGGAAUUGUGGAAUGUGAAAACAUUUAUUCAUAAGAUAAUCACGGUGCUUAAAAAAUCGGACCGCACAAACACUAGGCUAUGCUAUCAGGGAUGCUAUUGAUGUGCGUCAAGGAAUUGUGAGAGGCCAUUAUCUCCUUUUCUUUUGUAAAGUACGGUCCGAAGCCCGUUACCUCAAAAUGUAGAUAAUAGAGUGGUGCAGUAAUGAGUCCUUAAACCCGGGUUUAUUUGUCUCAAAAUCAAUGGUUUUGUGGACGUGAUUGUGGUAAGAUGCUUGAAAUAGGGUCUGUGGUUAACACAAGCUAAGGAGAUUUUUACGUUUUGUUCAACAACAUAAAAUACGUGAGUAAACACUCCACUCCUGAAUGUUCCAAGCUCCUAUGUGUCAUUAGAAUGGCGGUUGCUAACAAGACACUAAAUAAACGACAAAACGUCAUCACACCGAAGAUUAGCCGCCUUUAGCUUAGCAGUGGUGAUGUACAGACCUUGGUGUAGUUUGUUUAUCGUCUUACAUUAGCUUUUUAUUUCUGCAGAUUUCAUUUACGCUUCAAAAAACACAAAUUGGUGUUGAUCUGUGGAAAUAAUCCUGUUGAAAAAAACGGCUUCAAUAUAAUAAACGUGCGUUGGCAAGAAAGCUCUUUUUGGAAAUGGAAAAGUCCCAUUGCUUUUUGUAGAGGGAGCCCUAUUGGGAUGCUAACUUCCGCGCCAGGUACUAAAAUCCAUCAUCCACUCUAUUCUACCAGCUAUAACUAUGGCUGCUACUUACUGUACUGUAGAUUGUUCCGGAUCUUUUCAAACAGUAAUCUAAUACAAGAAGACUUUUUGAGCGCAACCUGUGACAUUGUUCUCUUGACAUUUUAAAAACUGUACAGAGUUAGUUCUCCCCCUCUGGUGAACAAUAUUAUUACCAGUUGAUUGGUAACAACAACAUUCUGUAAUUUCCCUUUAACGAAGGCUAUUUAAUCCCAUAGCGUUCUCUCACUGCACGAGGCCUUCUGUUUGGUAUCCAGCAUGUCUAGGAUGGUAUUGCACACACAGUACAUAUCCAGUUUUUGAUUGUUCUGUGUUUGUCCAGAUUCCUGGGGAAAAAGCAUCAGAAGAGAAAACUAUUUGUUACUUACGACACCUAAAGUAUCUUAACUUUAAAAGCCGCAGCCCAUGUAUGCACAUCACUUCCUGUUACUGACAUGUCCUCGUGUGAAAACCUGAAGCAAAGGUAUGUGACAGCAGGUGGAGGUCGAUGGAUGGCUCUGUAUUGUCUGUUCAUGUCACACCAUGCCUUCUUUAACAGUGUUCUGUCUUUUCAUUGAAAUCCUUUUACUCCUUCAGAACCUCAAAAUGUUUUUUAUCUCUUAUCAUGAAUAAUGUAUUUAUUGUAUAGUUACUGUCUUUACAUUGUUGUCUCAUGACUGAAUAAUGGCUGGUUUUGUUUCUCUUGAACGUCCCCUUUAAAAAAAACUUUUGGUUCACAUGGAAAAUUCCUCUGCUUUGCUUUGUAGCCCUGGCCACCUGCUUUUAAAUGCAAUGACUCCGUAAAAAUACCUAAUAUCAAAAUCGCGGAACUAAGCUAAAUAAUAAUCUGUUGGUCCAAAAUUAUAAAAUGACCACGUGACUGCAUUUCAAGAACAAAUGACUGAACCAUCAGCUUUAGAAACUGCAUACCUGAACCAGAAAGCAAGCUUAGAUUAAAAAAAAAAUUCCUUUUUAUUUACUUUGUAUUGAAAAAAUCAAUAAAACUGGAUUGUUAAUCAUGUAGUUUUAGUUUCAGAGUCGUCAAUUUGGUAAAAACAUAUUUACAACAUUCAUACAAACGAAAUGAGAGGGCUGGGUUGCGUGGCCUGAUGUGUUUAAUUUCCUUUUCAUCAGAUCUAAAAAAAUGUGUCCUUUAAAAAUGAGGAUCCUGGGGAAAUAUUUGAUGACCAUGUCGUCUUUGGCUGUUGCUCAACUGGGACCCAAACAUUCAUUUGCAAAUGACAUGAAAAGAAUAAGGUGAAUGUAGCCAGGUCAUGUGAGGGGGGAAUCCAAACACACUCCAUAAAGCUCAAAAAAACAAACCGUCCUUCAUGUUCUGUCUUAUUCAUUACAGGCUGGUUUCACAGAUACUAAACAACUUUCUUAAAAGCAGAAGUGAAAACAUAACAGUCACAGCUUCUGGAUUUAUCCCACUCAUUUUGUAGUUUUAAACUACACUAAGCUGUAAAGAAAUCUUCUGUUUCUUCAAAAUAAAAGCGUGACAAAGGGGCUGCCCAAAUAAAUUAAUAGGUUCAUAAAAAUCAAAUCAAACUACUAUGACUCUUUUUUUGCAUCCAUAAUUUUAGGACAGAUUAUUUUUCUGAGGCAUGCUCAAAAGAAACAAACACUUAAAAAACAGAUGUUUGUGAAUGAAAGCCAGAAGUAUAAAUAUGUGCAGGUUCAGACAGUUGAUCAGAAAGGCAAAUGAAUGAGAACUUCACCUCCACCUCCCAACUCAUGUCUGUGAAGCCACCCAGCUCAAUAUAACAAAUAAAGGACGAGUUCAAAAACGUGACUUUUCACAGCUCCUAUACUCACGUUAUGGAACCAAGUGCAAUGCAAUCCACACGGAUGUUGUUCUUAAAACGGAAGAAAAGACAAAUACUGGCUGCUCCUGGAGUCAGGCCGUUACUGAGUAAGUUGUACGGUGGGGUUUUUAUCUAGUUUCUUUUAUUUUCUUAUUUGUAACUAUAGCUCUCCAUGUGGACCAAUCUCAUGAGUCAAAACAUGGUAAUUGUGAUCUUUUAUCGUGCAAUAAAAGAUGACUUUCAACUUUC